AUGUGGGCGAUGGUUUUCAUAAGUGGCAAUUAUGUCGCUUUCUACCACAUCUGGCGAAUCGGAGUCAAAUACUAUCAGUACCCACAUUCAAUAAAAGAUCGAGCAAAAUACGAAGUCGACUCUUUUCCCGUGAUAACUGUUUGUCUAAACUCCAUGCACUCGCGAAAAAAAUUGAUGAAACUUCACCCAGAGUUGGGAAUUCAACAUCGUGGUAAUGAGAUCAAAGACAAUUGCUCCCUCUGGGAUUUCUACGGGCACAACCACGACGGGUACAAACAUGAUCUGUCGCUUUUUGACCACAUCGAUCUUGAAACUUUCUACAACGAAACCUAUUCUGCCUUUCUUAUGAUCUCAUGCAAGUACAAAAAAGACGACUGCACCAAGUGGUGGAAGCGUACAUUGACUCUGUAUGGAAACUGUCAAGUUCUGGAUCUUGCCGCCGUGCCGGACAUAAAGUCGAAAUCGCCCGAUGGAUUUCGUUCAUUGCAGAUGGUUCUAGCGUACAAUCAAAGUGACUGGACAUAUGGUUGGAACUCGUUCAUGGAUGGAUUCUCAAUAUUUUACAACCCAGAAGGAGAGACUGUUCUCGAUCCCAUGAGAAGCAUUACCGUCAAUUCCCGAAUCGUUCCAAUCAUGUUUCUCCAGCAACAUCGUAACAUCAAACUUGGGCAGCCCUACACCGAGUGCAUCAAAAACGGAUCUCUUGCCUAUUUCGACCACUACAGCAAAUAUAAUUGCAACUACGAGUGCUUGAUCAAAGAAGUCUACAAAAAGUGCAGAUGUUGGGUUCCAUAUUUUCCGAAGACUACUGACUAUCCUGUUUGUAUGUACCACGAGCACACGAGAUGCGUCGCACAUAUUCUCAAGGAGUUCAUGUAUUCAAACUGCACUUGCCCGGUUCCUUGCUCGGAGCUCUUUUAUAAGAAAACAGUUUAUUACACUGAGAUGCAUCAGAACUUCCGGAAUAAAACAGCGGAAAUGCUCAAACGAUUCCCAGAUAUUGCGUUGGCUUCAGUACGAAUCUCGCUUCCAGAAAACUACGAAAUGCAACACGAAGAACAAGCUGACUACGAAAUAAGCCAGCUUUUCUCAGAUGUUGGUGGAGCAAUGAGCCUCAUUCUUGGGAUUUCUCUUGUAUCCCUUCUCGAGCUUUGUGAGCUCUUCUGCAUUGGAUCCCGAAUGGGCUGGUUGAAUAGAAAAUUAAUCGCCGCCAAGUCAAGAAGUAGCUUCCAACAAAUCGGUCCCGCAAUGGUCGGUCUUGCAAACUCGAUGAAAGGCUCCGUUGGUAUUAUUGCAAACUCGGAUGCGAGAGGUAAUGAGUUACCUGAAGCGCGUACUUAA